GCAGUUGCUAAACGGCUGUGGAUAAUUUUGUUUACUUGUGAAUUUCGAAAUCAAGGUCAGCUGCUGAACAGUGUGAGUUCUGGUGAACUUCGUCUGAGGUAGAGCCGCAUCACGAAUAACGCUGCUUGAUUGUUCAGAAUAGAAUGUCACAUUCAUCAGUGGAGAGUUGGGUGGACGGAUUGAACGGGAUAUGGACGCCGUUGCUGUUUCUUGUCUUGGGUGUUUUCUCUUUGAUAGGACAGUUGUACGUGGGGCCUGUGGCGUGCAAUUUCCCUCGAGAAUUUACAGAAGCUAACGUAAAAUAUGGUACAUACCGAUGUUUUACUGCGACCAAUCUUUACGUCUCACGUUUUGAACCCAUGUUGGUUUUCAGCAACAUGAAAGAUAACAAAUAUAUUGUGCCGACUUUAUAUCAAUACGUUCCGUUAAUUCUGAUAAUGCAAGCCAUUUUCCUACGGAUUCCAUAUAUUCUGUGGAACAUAGGAGAGAAAAAAUUAGGUAUUCACUUUUCCGUAAAAUCUGGGAACACGAAUGACAACACCAGAACAAUCGGGAAAAGUCUUGCUAUAUACCUGGAGCAAUGGAUUAAAGACAGAAAAAUCAACAUCCUAUCCAUUGGGGCAUUUACAAUGUUCCAUUUGUUCGUGAAGCUGCUUUAUUUUCUAAAUGUCUCAACUCAAUUGGGUGUGUUAGAUCCUCUCCUAAAAGAAAAAAACCAGACCAGUUUUGGUUCUCAGGUGCUCGGAAAUAUACGAGAAAACGAUGCACACUUCUUUCAAACCUCUCCGGCUUUUCCUAGAGAUAUACUGUGCGACUAUGAGAUACACCAUCUGUCCAAUGUCCAAAGAUACACAGUACAGUGUAUCCUUCCGUUUAAUCCGUAUCUGGAACAGAUCAUGGCUGUUGUCUGGUGGUGGUUAAUCUUCCUUGUGGCUGCAACUGUAGCAGAUGGUCUCAUUUGCUUUUUUGGAGCUGUCCUGCCGUGUUUCAGGGUGUGGUUCGUAAAGUCCAAUUUAUUGCGUGUUGAACUUGGAAAUUUGAACCAAACAUUGACAGAUCAGAACAUCAGCAGAUUCUCUAACAACAACCUAGGAGAGGACGUCAUCGUAUUUCUAAAGCACAUUCAAGACCAAGAAAAUGGAUGUGUGGUCAUGGAAACUGUUACAGAAUUGUGGAGGGUAUCCCACAGCGGCAGCGUGCAAUCCGUCCCAUUGGGCGAAUCCUCCCCUUUACUUCUUGGAGGGACAACCGAGGUCUCCAAUCCAUCAGCCCCAUCGUAUAGUCAACAUGGUGAACAUCAGCGUGAACCUUGGAAGAAUGAAGAUCAAGGUCACCAGCAUCCAUCCAGUCUGUAUCCAUCGUAUUCAAGCAGAGCUUGAGAUAGUUAAAGUACCACUGAUGAACCAUUGGCUGUUUGAUAAGGCUUGGUGAUUUUUAAAAAAUUGUUUAUCAUAUUCACUACUUCUGUUUUAUAUUUUAUAUAUUCUUAUGUACUUGAAUGUAUAUCCAAACAUAUGUAUCCCAAAAUAUAAAACUCAUUAUAGUUCAAUUUUAUUAAUAAAUUUAAGUUAGUGUUUGAUAUUGCUUCGUUAAUUAGCAUGAAGAAUUAAAAAUUACCAUCAAAUGAAUAAAACGAGCACUAAAUGCCUUAAUUGUAGUUCAAUGUUUACAUAUUCGUAAACAGAUUAAAUAAAAAAAAGUUGAUCUAAAAAUAAAUAUUUAUUUCAGAGAAUUAGCACAUUCAGGAAUUUUAUUACACUGGACAUAUCCAUUGCAAGCAGGUCUUGUAAAGGGUCCCAUUACUAAUCGAAAAUUGAUUUUUUUCCCAAAAUGUUAUUGAAAAAUUCCCACAUAAGGAUGCUGAUAUUGUAUCUAUGCUGAAUGAGAUAUCCUUAUCAAAAUAUCUGAGUGUUCUGUUAAUAGGAGGUGUCAGCAAGCAUUGAGCUUUACACAAUAUUUACAUGGAAUGUUGAAUAAAAUAUUU